CUUUUUCGCGCAUAGACGCAGCGAUAUCAGUUCCAGUCUUCAUGGAUCUGAUUCACUUGGCUUUUGUCCUUGUCGGACCGUUUUCCUUUCCUAAUUUAUUACUCCAGCACACGAUGACGAUUUUCAAUUUUAUUUUCGUUCAAAGAUAAAUGCGCUAGUACGUCACGGUCAGCGAUCAUGCGCAUCAUCCGCGUCACGUAUGACGAACGAGCUGCCGACUCUGUGUACCGGCAGAUCGGGCUGCAGAUCGGCGCGCAGGCGAAGGACCAGGUGCACACGGCCCUGGACACGGAUCACGAGUUUAAGCAUCUGAAAGCUUGGCUGAGCAGGGACCCGGCCCAUUACGAGAUCACCUUUGGCUUCAUCGCCAAGUCGCGCGAGGCGUUUCCGCAGUACAUGGAGGAACUCGAGGCGAUUGCGGAAGCCGCGGGAGUGUUGGCGGAGGAUUUGAUCAUUUCGAAUUUGCGCACGGAAUUGCUUCAGUUUAAGCGGAAAGCGGACGCGGAUUACCACGCGCAACAGUACGGCGAGGGGGAGGAUGGCGGUGGCGAGGACUACGAGCACGGCGGGGACGAAAAUUGGGAUCAUGAGCACGGCGAUGGAGGUGGAAAUUGGGAUGGCGGCGGAGAUGUUGACUGGGAUGCUGGCGGAGGUGACAACUUCCACGGGGAAGGCGGCGGUGACCAAAAUGGCUGGGACGAAAGUGGAAAUCACGGUGGCUAUUGGGACGGAAGUCACAACAGCCAGUAUACUACAGCUACGCGAGAAGGAAGAGCAGAUGGGAGGAGAAUAAGCAAGCCGACGAUCGCCCGCACCCGCGUGAAAGAACGAACGAGAAAGGGAAAUAUUGAAAAAGGGUCUAGGACAGCGACAGGAGCAUCUGCAUCUUGUUUCUCGUCGCAAGAAAGAGAAAUCAAGUACCAAUUUGGAAACCAACAGCGACGCUCGGGCCGUGCGUGCACCGACAUUUUCGUAGUUGGCACGGACUUUCACGAAAUAGAAGCAGAUGAAACCCCACCCAGGGCCGGGCAACAAGAACCGAAUACUUCUUCGUCUCAGAAUCGCGUUGGCUCUUUCUUUCGAGGUCUAGUAGGUGCGAAAUCAGGUAGCGCAGCCACAACUACGGGCGCUUUUGAUCCGAUUCGCGGUAAAGUCGUCAAAACGAGUCCGGUCCCCGCGAGCGCAACGCCUAUUGCUAUUGGCCCACCUCCGCCAGGGGUGCAAGAACCGGAUCCGGCAGUGCCACAGGUAACAUCUACAACUUCAAGAGACGAUGAAAAUAAGCCUGCUCCUGCAUCACCGAAGAAAGAAUCCAGAUCGAAAUCCAAGUCGAAAGAUGCCGCGACUUCGGAAGAAAGUCGCGGGUUCGCAAAGCCCUUUCACGGAUGGGGGCACAACAAUGACUGGUCCGAGGAUUUCAAGCAUUUGGAUUGCGUUGUGGAGUGUUACAACCGCGAGAACGUGUUUCAGUGGGUCAGCUGGACCUACCCCGGGUUCCUGGUCGGCAUGGACCUCAGCCUCAACAAGCACGGCAUCGCCUACAGCAUCAACUCCCUCUACCCGGUGAAAUUCGGCGAGAGCGGGGUCGGCCUGAGCUUCCUGACCCGCCGGCUUUUGGAAGUGAAGACGCUGGACGAAGCUCUGCAGGUCAUCACGGACGAGCGCUCCACGACCGGUUUUAGCUACAAUCUCGGCAGUUUUCGGAGCAAGAUCAUGUGGAACGUGGAAACCAGCGACAAGGGGCAGCACUUUUUGACCAAGAUCGACGACAAGCAGCUGCCGGGUUUCACGUUUUUCCACGGCAACGAGUACGUGGCCGCGCCGCACGCGCAGUGUCCGUAUUUUGAUGACAUGUCGACGAAGUACCGGAGAAACAUGUACCAAAUGUACUUCCCGAACCAGAGUGACAGUUGCGAAACGAAAACGAAAGAGGGCCUGAUCCAGCGGUGGACGAAAAACGUGCUUUCCUCGAAGAAGCCGGACGCAAAAAUUUGCCACCGACGGACCUACAACAUCGAGGACGUGCGGAAUUUUCUCGGGGAUGAUUCGGACCACCACUUUCCGGUGUACCGCACGUGGAAAGAGGAGGACCCGGUGUUGACGGAAGUCAGCGGCAUCUUUGAUCUCGGCGAGGGGGUUUUCCAUUUGUUCGACAGCAACCCGGCCUGGUACGACGCGAAGAAGUCGUACAGGGUUUGCGAAUUGCUCGAAGACCGCUUUUUUGACGCAAGCGAAGAACAAGAAGGUGGACCCACGAAAUCCAGUGAAGAUGCUCCGAUGGAGCAGGCAGGACAGGAUGAACAAAAGACAGGCCCGUAGG